ACCCUCCUCCAAGCCGUUCUUCUCAACGUGUCUCCUCCUUCCAUCAUCAGGUGAGAGAAGGCAACCUCUCUAAUUUUGUUCCUAGACUCUAUUGAACGACAAAAAUUUGGUACUCACAGUUCAAUAAGUAGCCUCAAUCAUGGCUUUACGUCUUGGGAUAUCAAACUGCUGGCGCAUCGCUCGUGGACAAGCUUUUAGGAGAGUUCCGAGGUUGUCUUUGAUUCGUGUUGCUGGAUGCUCUUCCGAUACAUACUCAGAUGAUGAUGAAAUCCUUCAUCUGCCUUUUAAAGACAAAAAGCUCUUUACCCCUGGUCCCCUGUGUACAAGUUUUGAAACCAAAAAGGCCAUGAUGCGCGAUGUUGGUUCGAGAGAUAAAGACUUCGUAAAAAGUGUUAAUUACAUCCGAAGCAAACUUCUAGAAAUUGCUGGUGUCUCGCCGAAUGAAUACACCACGAUACCGCUACAGGGAAGUGGAACCUACUCGGUUGAGUCGGUGAUCACCACAGCAACACCAAAAACUGGAGGCAAGCUUUUGCUGAUUGUUAAUGGUGCAUAUGGAAAGCGCAUGCAAAAGAUUUGUGAAGUUGCACACAUUGAAACCAUUGCUUUGGAAGGAGAAGAAAACAGCAAGGCAGAUUUGAAAGCUGUUGAAAAAACCCUCCAAGAAAACCCAGACCUUACUGGAGUAUGCAUUGUUCACUGUGAGACUUCAACUGGAGUCAUUCAUCCAGUGGAAUCUGUUGGAAAACUAAUUCAAAAGCAUGCGCCCAAUGCUUUUUUCUUUGUGGAUGCCAUGAGUAGCUUUGGUGCAAUUCCAUUAAACUUGGAAUCAUCUAACAUAACCUAUCUAGUGAGUUCUGCCAAUAAGUGUAUUGAGGGUGUCCCUGGAUUUUCAUAUGUGAUUGCAAACAUCAGUCAUCUCUUAAAGUGCAAGGGUCAGUCCAGAACCUUGUCACUAGAUAUUGUGGAUCAGUAUGAGAACCUGGAGAAGACUGGCCAGUUCCGGUUCACCCCAGCAACACAUACGAUGCUGGCAUUCAGGAAGGCUUUACAGCAGCUUGAAGAGGAAGGAGGAGUUGUUGGGAGAGCUGAGAGAUACAUGGAAAACAGACACAUUCUCCAAGAUGGAAUGAAGAAACUUGGUUUCAAAGAAUUCCUUGAUGACACCCAUGAAGGCUACAUCAUCACAUCCUUCUACUUCCCCAAGCAUCCUAACUUUGACUUCAUGGAUUUCUACAAGCGCCUUAGUGACAAGGACCAAGUCAUUUAUCCUGGAAAAGUCUCAAAAGCUGAAUGCUUCAGAAUUGGCAACAUUGGCUAUCUUUUCCCUAAAGACAUGGAGCACUUACUGGAAUGUAUUGGUAAAGUUUUGGAAGACAUGAACAUACCUACCCCCUUAGAAUCCUAAACAUUUAGUCUUGGAUUUCAAUCAAAAUAUAAUACAACAGAGCCUACUCAAAAGCCAAAUGAAUAGCAGUAAUUUCUAAAACCAAAUGUCGAAAUUGUAGAAAUAUGAAAUAGAAGACUAGAAAUGUGCAUCUUCAUAUACAAGGGAGUGUUAGUAAUUCUAGGGGUAAAGGGGCUAUGGGAAUUUUACAUUCUAGAAUACUAUUUUUGCUUUGGUGCUACCCCCCACUCAAACAUAACAUAUUUUCGGUGCCCCCUAGCCCGCAGACUCAAUUUCGUUUAUGCUCAGAGUCUGCAAAGCACACCAGUGCCCCCCCCCCCCCCCCAUAAAUUACAUAAGCUCCCUAACGUCUCCAUUGAACUUUGAUUUCAUUCAGUACAUAGAAAAAUGAUCAUUAUAAAAAUAGGGAAAACAAUGAAAUUGUGAUUCAUAUAUGGGACAGAAACCUAAACUUUAUAAUGGAUAUAAAGCUUGCUUUUGUAUCUAGCUGAUAGUAAAGGAUAUUAUGUAGUUAGGUAGGGAAUAUUUUUGUAAGAUGAUGAAAAGUAAAAAGAAAGAAUCUUGGA